AUGUUCGAGAAGAGGACGUGGUUCUUGAUUCGAACUCGCUCAUUCACGUCCACGGUAGCGUUUGAUAUGGUAUCUGGAAGAUCCAUAAAUCUUGGAUACUGCCAUCCCAGGCAUCCGUCGUGGAGAUUUGGGGAACACCUAUGCUCGAAAAAAAAGAGCGGCCCGCACAGUAUCAACAAAGACGAGCAUAAGGCAUGCUGGGUGUACCGCCGAAAAAUGUGGCAGGUUUAUUGCCUCGCGUUAGCUUCAGCCAAGUCAUCCACCACCACCACAAACCACCACCGCCGCCAACCACCACCACCAGCCAUCCGUUGCACCACCAACUUCUAUCCGCAGUGGACCGGCAGCUCUCCACUCUCGCAUCCUACAUAG